AUGGCGGGUGCACACGGUGCCACCAUGGCCGCCGCCGCUGCCAUAACUUCUUCCUCCCUCCCACCGACCACCUCGGCAGCUCCAAUCCCCGGAAAGUCGCUCGUAUUACUUUCUUCUCUCCCCUCGUCGUUUCCAUCAAGACGAAGAAGAACUAACCAUCUCCGAAAGAAAAUCCUCAAAACCCUAGAAAACAAGCCUUAUCCGGACAAUUCUCAUCCCGAAUUUCCCCGCAAAACCCCACCAAUUGUCAUAGAAGAAACCGUGCAGCAACAGAAUACUGAAACUGACCAGCUUUCUCUCUCCCAAACCACUGGAUUCCUCGAUGGCAUUGCGGGUGAGUUUUCAACUAGGUCAUUUGUUAAAAUCGGAUUGUAUUUAGUUGGGGCUUUUGUUUUUCAAACGAUCUGCGCCGUGUUGAUAUUUGGAUGGAAUGAUUUAGAGGGUGAAGAUCGAAACUUGAAUAGUGAUGAGUACAAGAAACCUAGGGCUUUAGAAUCAAAAGAGAAUCCGAAUUUAAUGGAAACCAAAGAGGGUGGAAUACUAUUAGUUGAUAAAUCUGAAAUGGAUAACAGAAUUGUAGAAAUUCAAGAAAUGGCAAGGGAAGCUCGGCAACAAGAAAGGGUAGAAGCAAAGAGAAAAGGCUUAGUGGAAGAAGAAGAUGAUGAUGAUGAUGAUAUUGAUCAUGAUCAUGAUUUGAUUGAUAAAAUCUUUGAAGGAGAAAGAGGUGGAUAG